AUGUUUUCAAAUUUUUUACUAACAAACAGUGAUGAUAAGGAUAGCUCUAAAAAACUACAACGAAAUCAGCAAGAAAUCGUAGACGAGCUACGCAUACAAUGUAAAAGCUUUAAUAAAGAACGAAUAAUGAGUCAGCUUAAUAAUGGCUAUCAAAUAGAUAAAGCAUUUCAUUUACAUGUACCAAACGAGAUAAAACAUAUUGCACGUAAACAUGGUCUACCCGAAGUAAAAUGGGAUCAGAUCUAUCAAAAUUUAAUAGCUAAAAAUAUUGAUGAUCAUACUAAACUAUUACUUGCUCAAACAAUAAAAUAUUCUAUUAAAAAUAGCACAGCUAGUGUGAAACCUGAAGAACUUCUGGAAGUCUUACGGGAAAAUAAUGAAGCUGGGGUAAAUUCUGAGAUUGUUUGGGCGUUGAGCUAUCAACUUAGCAACUCUUUUGCUAAAGAUUCUAAAGAGGUAAUAAACGAAAACUUUAUCCAUGAAAUCAAUAGUAUUGUUGAAGGAUCAGAAAAUAAACUCAAUCAAAGUUCUGUAAUAUUUUUAAAUGAUCAACUUCAAAGAUAUUUCUACGGAAAUCAUUUAGACUAUCGACAAAGUUCUCAUGUACGAAUAAAGACAUCAGUUAAUUAUUCGAAGAAAAUGCCUCAAAAAAUUGUGACGAAAAAUCAACAAGCAACUAAAAUUAAAUACAAAAAUACCCAAUCAGAAGAAUCAACUGAUAAAUUAAAUUCAAUUAAUGUAUUUAAGAAUUUAAAUAAGAAAAUUAAGAUAAACUCUAACAUAGAAAGUCUUCCAACUAUACCAGAGAAGGAUGGAAGUGACACAUCAAUCUUUCGGGAUACCUAUGACGAAGUUGUGCAUCUUUAUAAACGCAUAGAAAGUGGAAAAACAUUGAAGAAAACAGAUAAAGACGAAUAUCUACCAUCGAAAUUUAUAGGACCUCAGAAAAAAUGGCAGUUUGGAUUUGGAUGUGUAGCAAAAGCUUCUGUUGUUCCUAUAAUAAAAAACCUUGUUCAUAGUAUAGAUACUGUCAUAAAACCGCUAUUUAUGGACAGACUGAUUGCAGCUAUAUUUCUUGAAAUAUCAAAAAAACAGAUAUUACAAGAAAAUGCUAUAGCAGUACUAACGGAUUGUAUAGAUACUCUAGAUCAAGUAGAAAUAAAAAUUUUAGGUAAUUCUACUGAUAAAGCAGAAGCUGCUAAAUAUAUUGCAUUGUAUAAUCAGUCGAGAAAUGAUUUGAUAACCUUGGGUUCUGUGAUGCCUUCACCGCUAUCAGUGUAUACGCUUGUUCCAGAUAUACUUGCAAAUGUGGUAAAUGAAAUUAAUAAAAAAGAGACUACAGAUCCAACAAAAAUAAUAGAAAUUUUCUCAUAUCAAAUCAUUCAAAUCAGACUCGCAGCAAUUUCAGCUAUUUAUAAUUGUGCUCGAAGAAAUAGCGCAAUUUUAAACGAAGAACGAUUGAAAAAGAUUGAAAAAUGUCUCGUAGAUGAAGAUAAUGAAUUCCGUGAAUUUGUAAUAAAAAUAUUGCAGCUGAGUAAUGAUACAAAUUAUAAGAGUCUUUUCGACAGAUGUUUAGAAAGCCUAGAACAAAAUGCCAAUAUCGAUGUUUCAUUAGACUAUUUAUAUCAACAGAGCGAGACUGAACAUAGAUGUCAAGAAUUAUUUAAUGAAGAUAUUAUAACAAGAGUAAGUUAUUUAUUCAGGAAAACUAAAUUAAAUGCAGAAACGAAAACACGUUGUUGUAUGAUUAUCAAUAAUUAUCUUGAACAUAGUUAUACUAAAGGUUUGAAUGACGUUCAAUUAGAAAAUUAUGUUUAUUUCAUAAAUGAUCCACAUGUUAGUAGUGAUUCAAAAGUUAAUGCAUUGAUAUCCAUAGUUUUGACUGCUGAAAAAAAUCAUCUGUUGCCUGAGUUUGUUAUUCGAACUCUAGUUGAAAAUAUCAACGAUAGUGAUGAUAAAUUUGGAAAUUUUAUUAUUGUCACAUUGGGAAUCGUUUCUGAAAAACAGAUAAUAACAAAGAUUGAUAAACUGUCAAUUAAAUUAUUAGAUGACUGGGUUAUAGUUGGAGAAGGAACUGAUAUUACUUUUGAGAAAAGCUCAAAAGCUACCUCUGAUUGUCAAUCGAUUUCAUCCAUAGUAGCUCAGAUCUUUGUCAAGUCUUUGCAAAGCAAUGUAAAAAUCACCGAGGAAAGUCUUGAAUAUCUCGCUAAGGC